AUGCCGGGGCGAGCGACCCCCAAGUGGCCGGAGCAACCGAGUGGCGGACGCUUCCGGACCCCGGACCCGCCCCGCCGCGGAGCAUGCUCAGUGUGCACGGCCACCGAAAGUUUUCUGGAGGGGACCUGGCAUCCGGGACUCGGCGGGCGGGGGGCGGUUGACGGGGCCCCACCCCACCCAGAUCUGGGCCCUGCCCAAAUCAGAUCCAGAAACUCCCGCAUCCCAACGCUUUCAAGAUUCCAGUGCCCCUGGAAAGACGAUGCUCAAAGUCUGCUCAAGCAUUUGGAGUCUGGUGCGCAGACCCCCUCGGGACCAGGCUCCCCUUCUAGGAGGAGGAGGAGGAGAGAAGUUCAGGCAUCAAAGGCCACUGGAGCACUGGAGGAAGGUGAGCCGUCUUUCAACAGCAACAUCACAGCAUUUGCACUGAAGGCAAAAGUCGUCUACCCCAUCAAUCAGAAAUUCCGGCCUCUCGCCGACGGCUCCUCCAACCCGUCUUUGCACGAAAACCUGAAGCAGGUUGCUCUGCCGAACCAGGCGAUGGAGGCCUCCCCAGCCAGCAGCCUGGGGAGUCUGAGCCAGGCAGGCAAGGACGGCAGCUCCUCAUCCAGCAUCCACUCAGCCACCAGCGACGACAGGUUCCUUAGCCGGACCUUCCUCCGAGUGCACACCUUCCCCCAGGUGCUGACCUGUGAAAGUGUAGACAUUAACUUGUGUGUUUACAACCUUCAUUUGAAAGACCUGCUGCGUUUGGAUGCGGUACUGAGGCAGGAAAAGCACACGAUGUUUAUUCAGAUUCUAAACACGAGCCUCGUGAGCCUUCUCCCGAAGAAGAAGUCUGAUGAUGAGUUAUAUCAGAAGCUUCUUUCAAAACAAGCAAAUGAUUUGGAAGAAUUAGAAAAGAAACUCCAGACCAAAUUGUCAAACACGGAAAUGUUGGGUGUCGGUGACUCCGAAUACAUCUCCCAGGCCGAUGUGGAGAGGAAGGAGAGAGAGUACUCUGAGCAGCUGAUAGAUAAUAUGGAAGCGUUCUGGAGACACAUGGAGAAUGUCCAGCACUUUCUGGGGGACCAGCUUAAGUGUUCCAGCACCAAAGUCCGUCAAAUCAUGCUGACUCUGACAGAAAGAAUGAUCCAGGUGGAGGGGUUGCUGCGGGAAUCACAGGACGCGCAGGCUCUGGACACCCUGGAGAGGACCCUCGCCCGGGAGCAUAUGGCUAGAAUGAUCGAGUCCCUCAAGCUGCAGAUCCAGGAGGAAACUAAAUGCCGUCUGGCUGCCAUCUCCCGCAGCCUGGAGCAGCUGACCAUGGAGGGGAAGCUGUCUGGGCAGCAGAGGGAGGAGCUGCUGACCCAGCAACAUAAGGCCUUCUGGGAGGAAGCCGAACACUUCAGCAGGGACUUCAUCCAGCAGGGCAGAGACCUUGUCAGGGCGUCGCUGGCGCACCAGACGCAAGCAGUGGGCAGGCUGGCGCUGACUGAUGACGAGGAACAGAGAGGCUUCCUGGCCGAGGCUCAGCCGGCCGCGGACCAGGAGGGCUUCCUCAAGGCCUUUCACGGGGUCCUGGAGCGGCAGAGGCUGACGCGGAACCACCUGGAGGACGAGGAGGACGUCAAAACCACUGAGGCCAUGGCUGCGCUGUGCCAGGAGCUGUACCGCAACACCAUUGGAACUUUCCAGAAACUCGUGGACAGCCUGUUCCUGCAGACGCUCCGUGGCGUGGCCGGCCUCUCACAGUCUGAGUGUGAAUACCUGAGACGGGAGGUCCAGGGGGACACUGCCCAGCAGCUGGAGAAGUCAGACCACUUCCGGAAACAGCAGUGGAAACUCUUCCAGGAAGCCCAGGAGCAAGAGAAGCAGCUGUGGAUGGAGGAACAGACACUGUUCAGCAUGCUGCAGAUUUACCUGCAGGAGGAUCACCAGAGCAUCAUCCACGGGGUCUUGGACCGACUCAGCGGCUUCAGUGAGGAGUCCACCCGCUGCAUCCUGCAGAGCCACAAGCUGCUCUUGCACUCCGUGCUCCGCAGACUGGCCCUCCGCAGUUGCGCCGUCACCACCCUGGCCCAGAUGAGGCUGUCUGGGAAGAAGACCUUGCUCUUGGAGCUCCGUGAGCAGCAUGUUCUGGAGCAGGACUCCUCCCAGUGUGUGGACGAACUCCAAUGGCAGCUGCUAAAAGCCCUGGAGACACGGGUCCAGGAGGAGGCUGGCAGGCUGGAGGACGAGGCCCAGGAGACACGGCUACAGCUGCAGGACCAGAUGCUGACCGAGGCCCAGGAAGCCGGCCGGCUACUGCAGCAGCACAUGGAGAGAAUUGUCGCACGGGCACUGCUGGGCCAUGCCCGGAGCUCGGCCACCAAGAGCUGGGCCGAGGAAAGAGAAGACUUCAAGACAUCGCUGAUGGAAGCAGCUCUGGAGAGCGUCUACGUGACCAGUGCCGGUGUCAAUCAGCUGGUUCAGGCAUACUGCCAGCAGAUGGGGAAGGUGAUUCAGGAAGUGGAGGAGAAGAGACUCCAGCAGCUGAGGACCCUGCAGGGUGAGAGAAUGAAAACCUUCCAACUGCGGACACAAGAGCUCAGUGACCGUUCAUCGGGGUCCAAGAUGGCAGAAGGAGCCCAUGACGCCCCUCAAAGCAUCCACCAGAGGGUGCUGUCCCAUCGGAAAAGGUUCCUGGCCCAGUUCACCAUCCACCAGCACUUGCGCCUGGACACCGGGAAGCAGAGGGCCAGGGUCAUGGAUCUUCUGGAAGGUCAACUGGAAAGCCAGCUCCAGGAAACAGAGCAGAGCUUCAUCUCUGAGUUGGCUGCGCUGGCCCGGGUGCCCCUUGCAGAAAACAGAGCGUCCACGACAAAGCGAGGGCCGGCAGAGAAGCCCCUACGGACCAAAAGAAAGAAGCCCGCUCCCCGAGAGAGAGGGGAGCCAGCGGGGCCCAACGAUGAAGACCCUGCCCCCGAGGGCCACACUACAGGACCACUCAGCCCCAAGAGCCUGAAUCAGCAAGAGUGUGCCACUGGUGAUGCCGAGAAUGCCACGAACAUGCUGAAGAAAAGAAACAACUUGUCCAUAGGUACGUUGGCCCUGUGCCUGGGAAAACUAGGGAGCCCUGCACCUGGCGUCUGUCUUUGUGAGAAUCUGACCUCACUGAACUUCCCCAUGCCCGUGUUUCUGCCCCAGUACUGUCGUACCCUGGUGGCUCAGUGGCCGUUGGCCAUGAACACCUUCUAUAGUGUCCUGACCACACAAGUUCCCAAUGUUGGGGCACAGACCAGUAACUGGAAUUUGCUCUCAGGUGCUAAGGGUCUGAAGGAGGAGGCCGACAACUCCAUGGUUGUGAUAUAG